CUCCUUGCAUCCAUCACACUCCUCUCCUUCGUCCAUCGUAACAAGCGGGCACUGCAACAAGUAGCAGGCAGAUCACACUGGGCAGUAUCGACCACCUGCACACUUUAAGACUUUAGGCACAGCGCCUGCCGCCGCCUGCGCCGCCUACGCCUCUCUUCGUUCGCCCCGCUCCGCCUACCCGCACUCACCUCUCUUGCAGCGGUCACAGCCAGCGCCCGGCCCUCCAUCUCGCUGUGUUGUCGCUAUUGCUGGUACUGCAAUUCAACUCGCGCGGCUCUCAUCACCGUUGUGACCACCUUCUCUCUCCUGCCUUGGACUAGAGCUUAGGACAAACGUGCCACGGCACCACACCAGUGUCGACGACGUCGACGAAAAGGCACCCAUCAUCACCUCCCACGAGUAACCCCCGACAACAACGACGCCGCCAUGCCCAAGACAGGAGGACACGACUACGAGAAGAUUGUCAAGCUGGCGUGCAAGCCGAAGAAUGCUCCGCCCAAGGCCAAGUAUCUCGACGCCCUCAUCGCCGCGACCUACUCUGAUGAUGCGCCGCUUCACGAGAUCACGCGGGCACUGGCAGACCGUCUCCGGGACAACAACCCUGUGAUCGUCUUCAAGGCGCUCCUCACGCUGCACCAGAUGAUCCGGGCCGGCUCGACCGACGUCCUCCUGCGCCACCUGGCCUCGAAGAGCGUGCUCCGGCUCAACACGGUCACGGACCAGAACUUUGAGGGCUACCGCCCACCCGCCAGCCUCCGGGCGUACGCGCAGUACCUCGACUCGCGGAUUCGGGCGUUCAAGGAUCGCAAGCACGACAUGGUCAGCCUCCAGAACGAGAGCAACAAGCGGAGCACGGGUUUGAGCGCCAGCUCAAAGGCUCGCCACCUGCGGCACUUGCCUGUGGAGAAGGGCCUGUUGCGCGAAGUCGCGCAGAUUCAGACGAUUCUUGACGCGCUCAUCCGGUGCAAGUUCUACGACGACGACCUCCGUGACGAGAACACGGUGCUCGCCUACCGCCUGCUUGUCAAGGACCUCCUUGUCCUCUUCCAGGCUGGCAACGAGGGUGUCUGCAACAUUCUCGAGCAUUACUUUGAGAUGUCCAAGAUCGACGCGACCGAGUCGUUUGAGAUCUACAAGAGCUUCAUCAGCCAGACCGACAAGAUUGUCGACUACCUCGCCAUCGCUCGCCGCCUGAACAACAUUGUCAACGUCCCCGUGCCAAAUCUCAAGCAUGCUCCGACUUCGCUGGUCAAGGCACUUGAAGAGUACCUCAACGACCCCAACUUUGAGCAGAACCGUGCAGAGUACAAAAAGUCGCUCGGCGUCGUUGAGGGGAGGAAGGACAGCUCGUCGGCCGCAACCCCUGCCGCCACUGUUACCCGGAGUGAGGACAAGCCGGCUGCGUCGUCGUCGUCGAAUGCGGCAGCUUCCAGCUCGACCAGCACUGCCCCUGCCGCCCAGCAGAAGAUCCAGGACUUCCUCGACUCGAUCCAGCCCGAGGCGCAGCCCACGAUCUUCGGCGGCCCUGCGGCCGCCCCAGCGGGUGUCAACCCGCUUCUGCUCCAGCAGCAGCAGCAGUUGCAGCAACAGCAAUUCCAGCAGCAACAGUUGCAGCAGCAGCAGAUGGCGCAGUUCGGCAUGCUGCAGCAGCCCACCCAGCAGUAUGGGUUCGUCGGUACCAUGCCGCUCCAGGCGCAGAUGACGGGCCACAACCCCUUCCGCCAGUCGACCAUGUUUGCCCAGCCGACCGGCUUCGUGCAGCCCCAGGCCACUGGGUUCCCUCAGCAGCAGCAGUUCACCUCGCCCUUCCUCCAGCCCCAGACCACAGGUGUCAUCCAGCCGGCCCCGACCGGCGGCUUCCCUCACCAGCCCCAGAGACAGUCCACGUUCCCUCUGGCCGCUGGCCAGCUGGCAUCCAUCGGCGAGGCCUCGCCGUUUGGCCAGCUCCAACAGCAGCCGACUGGGUUCCUCCAGCCCCAGACGACUGGCGGCAACCCUUUCCGUCAGAACUCGAUCAGCGCCGGCUCGACCCUCAACCGCCAGCCUACGUUAUCUGUGCAGACAAACUUCGCCGCCGGCCAGGGCCCGACGAGCGCACCGCUGGCUCAGCCGGCAGCCCCGUUCGCGCAGCAGUUUACAUCGACGCCUUCGCCGGUCCAAGAUGCCAACGGCAGCCGCUCUACCCCACAGAAGGCGACCAGCCUGCUGCAGCCACAGAAGACAGGCUCGAAGAACCCCUUCGCCCCGCCUGGUGGCAUUCCGGCUCCGGCUCCUCCCCCUCAGCCCAAGGCUCCGUCCAUGAACGAGCUGGCCCAGCACCAGUGGAACCAGCAGUUUGCCCAGGCUGGUGGCCUUACACCGGCUCCCCCAGCAGGUGCCGCGCCUGCUGCCCCGGCGGCCGCGCCCACGGCCGACCAGUGGGACCCAUUCGCACCCGUCGCGAGCACCGCCACAAAAACAAACGGCGCGUCCAGUGCCAUGUCGGACAUUGCCUCGGCAUUCGCCAAGCCCGAGGCCCCGCCAGCCAACGACUUCAUGUCGCAGUUUGGCUCCCUCAGCGUCGGUGGUGCCAACGGCGCCAUCUCGCCAGGGGGACUGCAGCCCCAGAGCACUGGCUUUCUUCAGCCCCAACGCACCGGGUUUGGCGGUAGUAGCGUGAAGCCGUUCAAGCCGACGUCCAACUUCGGCUCGACGCUCAUGGAGUCUCUUCCGCCGCUGUCGACCGAGCCGUCGCCCAUCUCACCGAACGGUACGCAGCCGCCGGCUGGUCUCUCAGCCCUGUCCCCGACGGGCACUGGCGGUUCGCAGGGCCAGGCCCUGUUCGCGGCGUUCGGCGGCUCGGGUAGCACACCGACCGCCACGACGCCUGGUGCUGGAGCUCCGUUCGCCGCGGCGCCGGGCACCAUCACUCCCCAGCGGACCGGCUUCCAGCCAACAUCGUCGUUUGGCCAGAGCCUGCUCAGCAGCCAGCCCCAGCCCGCGCCGCUGCAGGCCCAGAACACGGGCUCAAACCCGUUCCGUGCGUCGAUCCAGGUCGGCGGUUCCGGCGCCGCUGCUCCCGGAGCAGGUGCCUUUGGCGCCUUCCCCGCGGCUGGGCCGCUUGGUGCCAACUCGCCGUUCGCGGGUCAGAACCAGCCGCCUCCGAGCGCGUUCCAGUUCCAGCAACCGCAGCGGCAGCAGUCGAGCUUGUUCUAAUACCAGUCGAGUUGUGUAUACCCCCUGGCCGCGGGUGCGGCGCGUUAAUAGUAUCUAGUCUGGCUUGAUGUAUGAACGAUCUUUCGGG